UCCUCACGUGAAACUCGCCGGCAUAAGUCCCUCUGAAAGGUCCCACUGAGAUGGCCAAUGUGAGAGCAUUUGUUUGCCUCUUGGUCGUCGCCAUGGACAUACUCGCUGGAGUUCUUGCUAUUGAAGCAGAAGCUGCCAAGAACAAGGUGCAAAAGAGCAGUAAGAGUUUGGCGUGCAAAGAGCUGAGGAGCCACGCGUUCGAGCUUGCGCUGGCGGCGACGGUGCUUCUCGCUCUCGCCCACGUCGCCUCGAACUUGCUCGGAGGGUGCAUCUGCAUUUGCUCCAUGGACGAGCUCGAGAAGUCCACCUCCAACACGCAGCUCUGGUUCGCUUGCCUCAUCGCCUCCUGGAUCAUCGCCGCCGUUGGAUUCCCGAUGCUGGUCUUCGGCAUGUUAGAGAACUCCAAAUUGCAAGAAUCGUGCAGGUUCUCGCAUCCCCAUUUCCUGUCGAUCGGCGGGGCUCUAUGCUUUGUUCAUGGCCUCUUGUGUGUAAUUCUUUACGUCUCGUCGGUCGUCAGCUUCGAGAGAGACGAAGCCGGCGAAGUCGAAGCUCGCCCUCGAUAGAAAACAGGACGUUUAAACAAGCCGGUCAUAUUCGAGAACCCACGAGAAAUAUGACGUGUCAUUUUGCAA